AAAACACCCCGGUGUGCGCUGUGUGGAUGCUUUUCAGCGUGUGCCGCUGAAAUGAAGAAAAACAAAGGGAAGACGAACAGCGCAGCAGAGAAAGAGUUCGUGUUCGAGUUCAGGGCUGGACGACAUAAUUGUGUACUGAAGGUGCCUCUAGUUUUCCCUGUUCAAGAGAACAUCAAUGAUCUUCAUGGGCGUUUGAUGCUGCUUCACAAAAUACCAUGUUAUAUAGAAAAUGAACUAAAAUCUGCUCUUACAAACUUUGUUGAUGAAGAAACCAUCCUAGAUUAUGACAGCAAAGCAGAGUUGGCACUGCAGAGGCUCACCGCUGGCGAUAUUGACGUGAACCAGCUGACCAAUGCCUGGUCCAGGUCUUAUGUAGAGACAACCCUAGAGCAUGCUCGCCCCGAGGAACCCAGCUGGGAUGAGGACUUUGCAGAUGUAUACCAUGAACUAAUCCACUCUCCUGCCUCAGACACGCUUCUCAACUUGGAGCACAACUAUUUUGUCAGCAUUUCAGAGCUCAUCAGCGAACGAGAUAUGGAGAUCAAGAAGCUACAGGAGAGACAAUCUACUGAAAUGGAAAAAGUGAUGCUUGAGUUGGGAAAUACUCUAACUGACCAGGAUGUGAAUGCAGUUGCCUCUCAACAUUUUGAUACACAGCAGGAGUUGGAGAACAAAUGGACCAGUGAGUUGAAGCAAGUGACUGGUAUUCAAAAGCAGGAAUAUCAGGAGUGGGUCAUUAAAUACACCAGAUCUACAAAGUCAAACAACAGCAGCCAAAUAAAUGAAGAAAUUAAGGUCCAGCCCAGCCAGCUGUCUGAGGAGGGAGAGUCUGGGAGCCGUAUGUUUGAGGAGCAGCCUCUGCUAGAGGAGAGCUUCACAAUUCACUUAGGGGCUCAACUAAAGACCAUGCACAAUUUGCGGCUGGUCCGUGCAGAUGUUCUUGACUUCUGUAAACACCGGAGACACGGCAGCAGUGGAGCCAAACUGAGACGGCUACAGACGGCACUGUCUCUGUACUCCUCCUCACUGUGUGGUCUGGUACUACUAGUCGAUAACAGAGUCAACUCCUACAGUGGAAUCAAGAGAGAUUUUGCAACGGUUGCAAAAGAAUGUACAGAUUUCCACUUUCUGUGCCUGGAGGAACAGCUGGAGGAUGUGCAGCAACUGGUGCUUUAUGCCAGAGCGCAGCGGAGCAGCAAACAGAAGGACCAGAGUGAGGUCCCAAGAAAUGGCAAUGAAGAUAAAAGCAAGAAUGUUGAACGAAAUCCAUCUAACCUUUUACCAGGUGAAUUUUACAUUUCUCGCCAUUCCAACCUGUCUGAGGUCCAUGCUGUGUUCCAUCUCUGUGUCGAUGACAACGUGCGCUCUGGAAACAUCAAUGCGCGGGACCCUGCCAUCAUGGGCCUAAGAAACAUCCUCAAAGUGUGUUGUACCCACGACAUCACUACUGUGACCAUCCCACUGCUGCUGGUCCAUGAUAUGUCAGAGGAGAUGACAAUCCCAUGGUGUCUUAAGAGAGCUGAACUUGUUUUUAAAUGUGUCAAAGGUUUUAUGAUGGAGAUGGCCUCCUGGGAUGGAGGUAUUUCUCGUACUGUCCAGUUUCUAGUUCCCAAGAGUAUUUCAGAGGAAAUGUUUUACCAGUUGAGCAACAUGCUGCCUCAGAUCUUCCGAGUGUCCUCCACUUUGACUCUUACAUCAAAGCACUAGUACACACACUUUGAAAUACAUCUUUUGCGCAUCUGAACAGCUCUAAUAAUCUUUACCUCUUUGGAUUAUGUUCGAAUUGAUUUGUACAGAAACAAGUGACAAGACAAGUUUUUUUCGUUGCAGUGUACUGUAAAUAGCUCUC